AUGAAGUACACCGUUGUCGCCGCUAUGGGCUUGAUGGGCUGCGCCCUCGCCCUGCCUCAGGGUCCUCCUCCUCCCCAGGGCUCCGGCCUGCCUGCUCCUUGGGGCUCCCCUACUCCCUCUGGCUUCCCUACUCCCUCGGGACCUCCUCCCUCGGGCUUUCCAACUCCCUCUGGCCCUCCCCCGCCGCCUCCCAGCAGCCUGGAGGCCCGCCAAUUUGGCUUCCCUACCGGAAUCCCCUCGGGCAUCAUUCCCUCCGACCUGCCGAUCCCUACCAGUCUGCCUUUCGAGAAGCGCCAGUUCGGUGUGCCCUCGGGCUUCCCUACUCCCUCGGGCCCUCGUCCUUCUGGCUUCCCGGCUUUUUCUGGCUUCCCAACUCCUUCUGGCCCUGCCCCUCCUCCCAGCAGCCUGGAGGCCCGCCAGUUCGGCUUCCCUACUGGAAUUCCCUCGGGCAUCAUCCCUUCCGACCUGCCGAUUCCCACCAGCCUUCCUUUUGAGAAGCGUCAGUUCGGUAUCCCCUCCGGAAUCUCCUCUGGAAUCCCCUCGGACCUUCCCAUCCCUACUAGCCUUCCCUUCGAGAAGCGCCAGUUCGGUGUCCCCUCCGGCUUCCCGUCCAGCUUCCCUACUCCCUCGGGCCCUGCCCCUACAGGCUUCUCUCCCUCCCCACUGCCCGCGUUUAAAUAA